AUGAAGAAGAUCUUUUAUUGGUGUACAUUUGUCGUUCUUGGCACAGCAAUCCCGUUAGGCAUAUCUGCGUUAAGCCUAUGUUACCUUAAUGUUGACAAGCAGAAAAAUGAAGAACAUUCUUACAAUAACGAAUAUCGUAGAAAACAAAGAGAAAGUUUGGGGAUGGAAAAGAAGGAAACAAAUUAA